AUGGGUAUGAAGAUGCCAUCCGACCCUUCCUUCGAGUGGCCUGCGGAGUGCACAAAGCCCAGCAUGUUCUCCAUGCUGGUCAAGAAGGUCACCUCCCUGAUCAAGGGCCCUUCGAACGAGGACAAGGAUCGCGAGCUGAAGGACCAAGAGAAAAAGGACCGGGAGGCGAAAGAGGGCGUAGUCGUCCAGCCUGAGGAUGCUACGGAGCCUUGGGAAGUCGUCCCCAGCGUCAAGGACGACCCUUGGAGCGUCGUUGUGAAGUCUCGCAACGUGCUCACCGAGUACGAAGACAGCGGUGCCAACCGCCAGACCCAGUACGAACGUACUUACCAGUACGAGUUUGAUCGCCGGGUCAUGGAGGCCGACCGCCUCGCUCUCCGUGAAGCUAACAAGCGCGCUUCGAAGUAG